CUACUAAAGAUUUUGUUGUGUUUUGAAAAGGGCUGUGGCUUUAAGAUGUGACUGGUUUUGUGUUAAUCAGUGACCCUGUGUGUUGUAUGUUUAUGAAAUGAGUCUUGAGGAUCAUUUUAGUUCUUAUACUAAACAAUAAAGUGAUGUGUGGUAUUUGACUAAAGGGAGAAAAUGAACAUACUACGAAACCAAUAAAAGAGUAUAAAGAAACUUCUUUACAGACAGACUUGCACAGUAUAGACUGAUCAAAGAAAGUUCCAAGAAGAAGAUGAGUUGAAGUUGAAGAAACUUCUGUUCCCUCGUCUACUCUCUUUGGCAUUGACCAGCUUUGGGCUUUACUGUUAUAAUAAGCUCAUCUUUCUCCCCUUGGGCCUCAACUCAGACCACAGCCUUUCUGUAAACCGGGAUUGAUUCUUCACAAAAAGGAAUGCAAAGCUUCGUAUAGUUAGGCUCACUACAAAGAUUACAAAGAUAAAAACAACAAACACACAUCAAAUCAAGAAGGCACAUAUCAGGCACUCGUCUAAUUUCUGACAGUUUUGUUCCCCAAUAAUUGAUAGAUUUUUGGCAUUUAUAAAACAAAAAUCUAACGUGUGGCGCGUAUAGAUGUACUGUUGAUGAUGUUGUGUAUGGAAUAUGGAGAGAUAGAUACAAGAAAGAAAUUCAAAGAGUUCCCAAGUGUGGAUCAGACACAAUGUGGACGGGAUGUAAAAGAGCCCUAGCCAAAUACAUAACAUAACAACAACUCAAUAGUGUUAAUCAUCGGUUUGGUCGUUUAAUCCAUCUUUAGGAUUCGAAGUUGUAGCUUUGCUACUUAGGUUUAUUAUUGGUUUAUGGAUUUAUAUGUUCUUAGUAACCACUUGGCUUAAUUACUAAAACCGAUAGAUAAUCUUUUUUUUUGUCACGAAAACCAAUAGAUAAUCUUAAAUAUAAUUAAACUGAAAUAAAUAAAUUAUAUUUCUUAUCUUAAGCAUAAAUUCAAAUAGCAAUUUCUGUUUUAGAUUAAAAAGAGUUAAUUGUAAAAUAAUAUCUUAUAAAAUGCUCUCAAGAAACAUGUUUUUUUUUAUAGUUUAUCCAUGUGGCAUUUUUUUUGUAAGAAACCUUGUGGAUGGUUUUUUAAAAAAUCACGUAAAAUAGGGAAAAUGUAACUUCCUUUUAGGUAAUUUGGUCGGCAAAAAACAAAACAAAAAUGCGAAAAAUAAUUAUGGAAAAGAGAGUUUUUGAUGUGAAAUGUAAUAAAGACAAGUAAGAAAAAAAUAAAACAAGAAACGUGAUUUUCAGCAUAGUAACAUGAGACCCGCUAACACAUAUGCUUUGGGGACCCACAUUACGCCUCUCAACUUUAUCAUCAGUCACACAAACAAACAUUUUCUUCACUGAACGCUAAACACCAAAACAAAUAAACUAGACAUUUUUACACUCUUUGUGGAAUCUCUUCAAGCUUAAGCCACUAGGGUUCCUUUUCUGGGAGUCUCCAUGAGUCUCUGGAACCUAUCCUGCCUCCUAAUGUUCUUCUUGGGAUGUUGCAAUAUGAAUCAAGGAAGCUGAGUCUCUCACACCCUUUCAGAACAAAGUUCUUACAUGAUCUCUCUAUAGCACUGGUUUGGUUUCCUCAGUACUUGUUUUGGUGUCUGACCAACUCUGGGACUCAUAACAGCAUGAGAAGCUGUGCUGAUACAGUAACUCAUUGCUAAUGGAAUCGUUUGUUGGUGCUUGUGAAAUUGUUGAGGAGAAGGACGUGGUGAGGCUAACCAAACAUUCUAGCAGAUACUGUAAUAAGCCAGCAUUGGGAUCAAGCAAAGAUAUGGAGCGUCCUGUAGGUUCUAUGGAGUAUGACAUUGAUCAGCUUUUCCAGUCUAUAUCCAUAAAACCAUCACCCGGAAGAGUCAUAGGCUCUUCCUCUUUCCAUCAUCUUGAGACUAGCGCAAGCGCUGGAACGAGCAGGAGCACAAGCCCUUCCAAGAAAAGCGCUAUGAAAAAGCCAUUUCCCAUGGGAGGAACCCCAAGAUCACCAAGAGUUGGUCCUUCUGAUUCAGUUUCGUUAAAGCAGGCCCUGAGAGAUCUUUGCAUAUCAAAGGCCUCAGAGAUGGCUGCUCAGAAACGGUUGUCAAAGUCUGCAGCUGCGUCUCCGAGGGUUUCUGAAGCAGACAGGAUAAAGAGUCUUUACAGACAAGUUUUGAAUGAGUCUGUGGGAAGGUCUGGGCUUCCUGUGGACAAGGGUAAGAGGUUGGUUGAAGUAUCUUUGACUCCUUUAGACGACAUACCCAGCUCUUCCCAGAGUGUGCCUGAUGUCCUUGAGAGAAAGCCUUCUAAGUUCUUGUCUGGAUCAAUGGGAGAGACUGUGUUGCUGUAUAAAUCCAACAACUCUGGAUCUUCUCUCAGUUUUGGUAGUGGAGAUUUUGAGAUAGAGAUAGAUGAGUACGCCACAUCCCCUCCUCCUCACAUGGUCAUUGAAGAUGGUUUAGUGGAAAUAGACAAACAUGUUACCUCUCUGCCUUCAUGUUCUGGCAGCAAAGUUGAUGCUGAAGAGGAGCUAGACAAGAGCAUCCUCUCAUCAGCUAGAGUGAAAAGUGAGCCUAAAGCUAUGCACUCAGAGCUAGAUAACGUACCUAGUUCAGGAGCAGAGAACAUCAAACUAGUAAACAAGGUAAAAAGAAACAUCCCACGUCCCAAACCACGACCAAAGAGGAAGAUUUUGGUUAAGAAGAAGUUGAGAGUCGCUGUAGCUUCUUCUGCUACAAAAACGGUUGAGAAUGAUGAUACUUCCUUAGAGCCUAGUGCAAGCCAAACUCUGUGCCAGAAAUGCCACUGUUCCUUAACCAGCAUCUCAGAAAACGUCAGUGUUGAAGCAAAUCAAGAAUCAGUUGCAAGCUCGCAUCUCACUCCCAUUGUGAAGUCUAAUAAAGAGACCAGCAAAGAAUCCUCCAAUUCUUGUGAGGUUAUUGAUAGCAGAGAAGCUGACAUUGUCAUUCAAAAUAAACAACGAAGAGAGAAUCCAACUUCCAGCGAAAAGAUUAUAUUCUCUCUGAGCUCAAAGAACAGCAGCAUAGGAAACUACAGCAGCAGCACAAGCAUGAGCGAGGAGAGCAACCUGAGCAGGUUCAGCUGCGGCAACAAACCUCACAUGUCUAUGGACGUGAGAUGGGAAGCGAUCAAGCACGUCAAGUUGCAGUGUGGUGGCUCUUUGGGACUCAGACAUUUCAACCUUUUGAAGAAGCUUGGCUGUGGAGAUAUAGGAACGGUUUAUCUCGCUGAGCUGGUAGGUACGAGUUGCUUGUUUGCUAUAAAGGUCAUGGACAACGAGUUCUUGGCCCGGAGGAAGAAGACGCCGAGGGCACAAGCGGAACGUGCGAUCUUGAAAAUGUUGGACCAUCCUUUUCUGCCUACCUUGUAUGCGCAGUUCAUUUCAGAUAAUUUGUCAUGUCUGGUGAUGGAGUAUUGUCCCGGUGGUGAUCUUCAUGUCUUGAGGCAAAAGCAACUUAGUAGGUGCUUCUCCGAACCUGCAGCUAGGUUCUAUGUAGCAGAAGUCCUCCUUGCGCUUGAGUACUUACACAUGCUGGGAGUUAUAUACCGUGAUUUGAAACCAGAGAACAUUCUAGUCCGAGAAGAUGGUCACAUCAUGCUUACAGAUUUUGACCUCUCACUCAGAUGUGAGGUGAACCCAACUCUUCUCAAAACAACUUCUCUUGCCGGGAAAGAUCCUGCAAGGGUGUCUGGUCAUUACAACACAUCCAACUGCAUACAACCUCUAUGUAUCGAACCAUCGUGCCGCGUCCCAUGUUUCAGCCCUAGGCUCUCAUCAAAACCAAGAAAACAGAGAAGGCCUGAUCCUUUGACCCAACAGUUCAGAUCAUUGCCUCAGCUUGUGGCUGAACCAACCGAAGCAAGAUCAAACUCUUUUGUAGGAACACACGAGUACUUGGCGCCGGAGAUUAUAAAAGGAGAAGGGCAUGGUGCUGCGGUAGACUGGUGGACUUUUGGGGUCCUUCUCUAUGAGCUUUUAUACGGGAAGACACCGUUUAAAGGUUAUGACAAUGAGGAGACAUUGUCCAACGUUGUGUUUCAGAACCUUAAGUUUCCUGAUAGCCCUCUUGUGAGCUUCCAGGCAAAGGAUUUGAUCAGGAGGUUGGUGAUGAAGGAUCCGGAGAGCCGUCUCGGGUGGGAGAAAGGAGCUGCUGAGAUCAAGAGGCAUCCUUUCUUUGAAGGAUUGAACUGGGCUCUCAUCCGCUGCGCCAUUCCCCCUGAGCUGCCUGAUGUAUAUGACAAUGGUGCAACUGAAGCAACCUCUCCUAAAGGGAAUAGUAAUGGGUAUCUUGAAUGUAAAGCCAUGGGAGAUCAUCUUGAGUUUGAGUUGUUUUAGGGGAUAGAGAAAAAAGACAAUACGGGUCUAUGCAGACAGAAACUCUGUGGUUUAAGUUAUCAAUAGUACCGUUGUUGUUUUAGUAAUCCAUUUCUAAGUAUAAGAGGUGAAGUUUGCCUACUUUUUUCCUUACUUUCCCAUUGGCUUUAAGGCAAAGAGCAGACGCUGAGAUAUGGAUUUAAGUAGAAAUAAUGAAAAUCUUACAUA